UUAAAUAACAUUAAUAUAUAAACACAACCACAGAAUAUAUAAAUAGUUAAUAAUUGUUAUAAUAAUAAUAAAAAAUGAAUCUUUUCAGUUUUAUAGGUGAUAUGCUCCAUUUAGGGAGUAUGCUUAUUUUACUCUUUAAAAUAAAAAAUGAUAGAUCAUGUACUGGUAUUUCACUUAAAUCUCAAAUUUUAUUUACAACAGUAUUUGUAGCAAGAUAUCUCGACUUAUUUUCAAACUAUGUUUCAUUUUAUAUCACAUUUAUGAAGAUUACAUAUAUUGGUGUAUCACUUUAUACCCUAGAUUUAAUUAUGAGAAAGUUUAAAUUCACAUACGAUAAAGAUCACGAUACAUUUAAAAUUAGAUAUCUCAUUGUUCCAUCUUUAGUUUUAGCUAUUAUCACUUUUGAUAAAUCACCAUCAGCAUUUUAUGAUAAAUUUUUAGAGAUUCUUUGGACUUUUUCAAUCUACUUGGAAUCAGUUGCCAUUUUACCACAAUUAAUUCUUUUACAAAGAACUGGUGAAGUCGAAAGUUUAACAUCAAAUUAUAUUGUUUUACUUGGAGGUUACAGAGCAUUUUAUUUCUUUAAUUGGAUUUAUAGAAUAUUUACCGAACAUUGGAGCGGUCCAAUCGAAAUUAUUGCCGGUCUUCUCCAAACUGGACUUUAUGCCGACUUUUUCUAUUAUUAUGCCAAAAGUAAGAUGUUGGGUAAAAAACUUGUUUUACCACAAUAAUUAAAAUAUCUAAAAUCAUAUAAUCAAAAUAAAAUAUUAUUGUCAUAAUAAUAAAUAAUAAUAAUAAUAAUAAGAAAAUUGCGAUAGUUCACUUGAAUUGCAGUCUACUGGAUAAAAUAAUAAAAAAUAAAAAAUAAAAAAAAAAAGUCUAUAAAUGUAGAAUAAAAU